CCAGCUCAGCGCAAGAUGGCGGCGGGCGCGUCGGACCCCCUGGAAGAGAUGCUGCUCUUCUCCGAGGAGGUGGACGAGAAGGCGCUCAGCGACCUGGUGGGAUCCCUGGAAUCGCAGCUGGCAGGCGGCCGCGGCCCCGCCGAGCCGCCCGCGCCCAGGACCUCCGCCCCGUCCCAGCCGCCGCCGCCGCCGCAGCAGCAGGGGAGCCUGGCGGGGGGCAGCAGCCCCGGCCGGCAGCAGCAGCACGGCCGCCCCGCGUCCCCUCCCGCGCCCGGCCCCGGGGAGGCGGCGGGGCACCCCGGCACCGCGGGCAGCCGAGCCCCCGCCGCGGGGCCGCCGCCGGCCCCGUCCCCGCCGGCGGCGCUGGCGGCGGCGGGGCGGGCAGCGAGUGUAAACAGUAGUAGUGUGCAGCAAUCACAUGGAGCGGCGCCCGCCGGCGGCAGCCCCGCCGCGCCCGCCCCGCCGCCGCCCGCCGCCCCUGCCCCGCCUGUCAACAACCAUGUGGCCGCCGGCGCCGGGCGGGACGCGGGGAGCCCCGGCCCCGGCCCCAGCCCGCCCGUCGCCGACAGCGCGCCCGGGCCCGCGGCGGGCGGCGGGGCCCCGGCGGGGGCGGCGGGGCGGGGAGCGGCCGAGGGCGCCGCCGCUGCCCCCGCGCCGCGCCCCGGCGAGGCGGCGCCCACCGGAGGGCUCGGGGCCCGCCCGGCCGCGGGGCCGCCCGCCAGCGGGGCCGCCCCGCCCGCAGCGCUGCCCGCGCCCGCCGCCUCCGCCAGCCCCGCGCCCGCCGCGCCGGCCCCCGCAGCCCCUGCCGCGCCCAAGCCCGCGGGGCCCGCCAAGCCCGGCGCUGGCGCUGCCCUGCCCGCCGCCCCCCAGCCCGUGUCCCCGCGGCCCGCGCUGGGCGCUGCCCCCCCCCGCAUCGUGGCCCCGCAGCUGAUCGUGCGGCCCCCCCCGCAAACCACCAUCCAGCUGCCGCCCGGCUUCACCAUCCCGCCCGGGAUGGUGCUGGUGCGCACGGACGCGGGACAGCUGGUGAUGGUGCCCCAGCAGGCUCUAGCCCAGGCUCAGAUGCAGGCUCAGGUGCAGACACAGGGGCAGGGCCCUGCCAACCUGUCACCCAGGCUUUCUGUGCCCACCACUGGCCCUGUUUUUCGCCUGUCAACAGCUCAGCAGCCGACGUCCGUGGCCACGUCCACCGUCCGCCUGGGCCUCCCAGUGCAGGCCAAGGUGGUGCAGCCGCCGGCUGCGCCCGCCAGCGCCGCUGCCACGCUGCCAGGGGGGGCUGUGCUGGCACACACCACGGUAUCAGUAGCUACGACAAGUGCUCAAAAUUUGUUCAAGACGACAGUAGCAACUGGAACUUCAGUUUCUCAACAGCCUGCAGUGCUCACUGGUGGACAGACUCAAGGCUCAGCACAGACCCAGGGUCAGCCCCGGCUGCCGCUGCCACCUCACACAGCAGCACAAGUGCCAGCACAGCCCCUGGUCAUCCCCAGCUCUCCUGUGCCUGGAACCACAGUUGUGUCCCAGGAAAUGCAAGAGAAUGUGAAAAAAUGCAAAAACUUUUUAGCUACCCUUAUAAAACUUGCUUCUCAUAAUUCACCAUCUCCAGAAACGUCCCGCAAUGUGAAAGCUCUGGUUCAAGAUUUGUUGGAUGCAAAGAUUGAUCCAGAAGAAUUUACAGGCCGCCUUCAAACAGAACUCAAAUCAUCUCCUCAGCCAUAUCUCGUACCUUUCCUUAAGAAAAGUCUACCUGCAUUGAGACAAUCUCUACUGAACAGUCAGCAUUUGGUUUUGCAAGGACAGCCGUCUCAGCAGCCACUUCAACAAAGCAAGCUCUCACAAGUGAUACCUCAGUCUGCCUCGGGAAGCAUCUCCUCUGUUGUCAGCACACAGACAAUAGGAAUAAGGCAACCAAACAACAUUUGCACAGUCUCUGUAUCAAAUACAGUGCAGCCUCCUCAGGUUAAGGUGGUACAGUCAAAUCAGAGUUCUCAACUGCAGAUUAUCCAGUCAACAUCUGCUCAAACUGUGAAACGAACCCCUGCUUGCCAGACUACCCAGAUUAGGAUGCCAGUGGUAAUAACUCAGACCAUUAGACCACAAGGCACAGUAGGGAAGGCACCAACAAUACAAGCCAGUAAAAGUCCUGGGGGCUUUGGUGUUCAGGUCUCUGCAAAUCAGAAAAACAAGCUGAAUGACCCUGGAGGUGGUUCUUUCAGAGACGAUGAUGACAUCAACGACGUUGCCUCCAUGGCUGGUGUUAAUCUCAACGAAGAGAGUGCCCGAAUCAUGGCCAGCAACUCGGACUUGGUGGGAAGCCAGAUGCAGUCCUGUAAAGAUGAGCCCUUCCUCGCUGCUGUCCCUCUGCACAAACGCAUCCUCGAAACGGCUAAAAAACUAGGAAUUACUGAUGUGCCAGCUGAGGUCGUUACUUUUAUUUCCCAUGCGACACAGAGCAGAUUGAGGACAGUGAUAGAAAAGGUGACAGUGAUCACCCAGCACCGGAUGGAAUCAUACAAAGAUGACGAGUGGUACGAACAAGCUACAGAUGUCCGAGCACAGCUGAAGUUCUUUGAACAGCUGGAGCGUUUGGAAAAGCAAAGGAAAGACGAACAAGAGAGGGAAAUCUUGUUAAAGGCUGCCAAGAGUCGCUCAAGGCAAGAAGACCCAGAGCAAGCUAGACUGAAACAAAAAGCAAAGGAGAUGCAGCAACAAGAACUGGCCCAGAUGAGGCAGAGGGAUGCCAAUCUCACGGCACUGGCAGCCAUCGGUCCCCGCAAGAAACGGAAGCUGGAUACACCUGGACUGCUCUCCAUGGGAGGGGAGGGUCUCGGUGUGUCUGGUGGGAGUCAGGCUGGCCUGGGCACUGCUUCCCCCAGGCAGUAUCCACGGCAGAAAAUAACACGUGUAAACCUCAGGGACUUCAUCUUCUACAUGGAACAGGAACGAGAAAUGAGCCAUUCUCUCCUGCUCUAUCGAGCUCUGCUUAAAUAAAGCCAACAGUUGUACUGAUUGCUCCAUACAGAAGCUCAACUUGCAUUGAAAGCUGUCAUUUUAAUGUGCCUUCUAUUUUUUUCAGAAGUCAACGUUCCAGUAAUUUUGUUUUGUAAAAUUGUCAGACACAUGCAAUAAAUUUCCUUUAUGUAAAAAAAAAAUAAUAAUAUAAAAACCACACACACAAAAAAAAAGUGCAAAAGGUUUUAAAAAAUGUUAACUCCACAGAUAUAACCAACAUCCCAGUCUUGCUCCAUUUGGCCAUUUUAGGUAAGGCUGAAGUAGCUGGUGUUGAAGUUACACAAAAGCAAGGCUGCUGCAAUGGCUCACCUAAACCAUCUCCUGGCCAUGCCUGGGCCCAGCCCUGGGGUUCUGUGCGUUCCCUGGCGGAGCUGGGCUGUUCUUCUUCGUUUACUGGCGCUGUCUCACUGACCGUGGUGAUACCUGUUGUUGUUUUAGCUUAGUUAUAACGGCAGUUUUUUGCACAGCCAGGAGACUAGCACACUCUCACAAAUUCUAUAUAUUUGGGAUUUUUUUGCUUUUACUGCACAGCUCAUUUGCUGAGCCAUUUGCUGAACCAAAUCCUAAGUGUAUGAAGUCUGUGUGCUUGGGUCUCAGCUGAGUUACCCUGAGUAGCUUCCAGUUGUUUUCUAAACCCCUUCAACCUUUUUGUGCAUUUGUAGCAGCUGGUUAGUAACAUGAUUCAAAGUUGGCUUUUAUUUUCUGAAAGAUGUUAAUUUAUUUAUUGCAAAGAGUAUGGUUUAAUGGUGGUUUUAAAAGAGAGUAUUGUUCAGUAAAGAUUUUUAGAGUAUUCUAUAUGGAUUUUUAAAGUCGCUCGAAAGGUUUUUGGGGGCCGGUGCCACCAGGGGUGGCGAUGCCUUGGAUUCCAGUCCAGGGAGGCUCAUGGACAGGCUUUAAGCAUAAGGAGUAGUUGUAAGUAGCUGAAAGGUGGGAGGAAUACUUUUUAAAUGCUUUGCUGAAGCGGAAUUCUGGGCCCACACCAAAGCCGAGCGACGUCAGUGCGAGUCUUUUAAAUGGGGAUCAGAGAGGAGCAGUCACAGGCAGGUGGGCACAAGAUGUAUUUCAGAUUUUAACAGUGUUACCAGUCACCAAGGAAGGGAGACAUUUGCUUAUUUAUCUUUUCCAUUUUUACUAUGUUAUGCUUGCCACUUUUUUGAGGCAAUAUUUUUUUUUUUUCGAUGGGAAACCAUAGCAAAAGCACAAAUAGAACUAUUUGUCCAAUAGUUUUAAAAACAAAGGUUUUAAUUAUUUUUUAAGGUUUAUGAAAAGCAGAAGAAAAUUUAUACUGCUGCUAUUUAGCCAAAAGAUUAUUCAUAAGGUAUUUAAGGCCAGGAAGUGUAAAGUUAUGUUUUAAAUGUAUUGAUAAUUUGUACAUAUUGUUUAUAAAGGCCUUGUGUUUAUUAGAGUUACGUUAUUUUGAUGAUUUCUGUACAUACUCGUAAAUACCCCCAAUUUGUGUGAAAACAUACUCCCUUAUUUGUACUUAUUUUGUAAAGAAAUAAAACAAUUUACUAAAGUAACACAUCGAGUGACAUACAGUAUUAAUUUAUCAAACAUGAAUUUUCACAUUGUCUCGUAGUUCUUAAGCACUGGUCAGAAAACAUUUUUGCAUUAAAAUAUUAACAGA